AUUUUUUUGCAGAGAACAAACUUCAAAGAAGGGAAACAACUAUUAAUAACUCUGUGCCACAAACUACUAGCUAGCACGGCAGCGUGAAAGGAAAAGAUGGAUGAUCUCUUGGCUUUAAUGGAAGGUGGGGACGACCUGUUGCCACCGGAGCCAGAAGAACCUGUAAAUACUCGCUCUCCUUCCAACUCUUCGUCGACAGUGCGCAACGUCACACCCCACAAUGCAGACAACAACAACGGCCAUCAUGCAGGGGGGAGGCCAGCCACGAAGAAAGCAAAGAAAAAGACAGCGGCUGAAACUGGCGAAGCACAGGUGGAUAGUAUCUUGAAGAUGCGCAUGCUGGACCGCAAAGUUGGAUCGCUUGAUUUGUUGGAAUACAUUCAGACUCGAAACUACCAAUCUCCGGCCGCGUUGGGAGCCAUGUGUCUAGCUGCCCUGAAUCAUCUUUUGAUUGACCCAGCGCUGGUUGUUUCUCCCGCCAAUGUCCAUGGCAAUACCAACCUAUUCACUGUGGGUCUUGUCUUUACCAACUCAGGAACCAAGAUUGCUGCCAAAGGCAAUGCUUUUUGUGUUUUGACCAUGGGCAGCAACAUUAACACUGGUCCUUCUGUGACAGUGUUACUGUUUGGUGCUGCCUUUAGCAAGUUCUGCCGAGAAAUCAAGCCAGGGAUGGUGGUGGCCUUGGACAAUCCACGCCUGAUUCCAGCCAAAGAACCACAGCAAAACAGCAAGUUUGUCGACACUACCUCCAUCAGCUUUAGCAUCAAUGAUGAACGACGCAUCUUUGUAGUGGCCAAAGCGCGAGAUUUUGGUGUAUGUCAGGCAACUGUUAAAGGCAAGAAUUCUGACGGACAUUGGGUGAACAAUGCCAAAAGAUGUAACACAGUCAUUGAUGUUCGUGCAGGCAAAUACUGCCACCACCAUCGCAAUCAAGCAAAUGCAGCUGCAAAUCAACAAGGAAAUGGUAAGGGUGCCAAAAAGGGAACUUUUGUACAACAACUACGACAUGAGGUCAACACACAAGCACCCUCCAAAGGAGGCCAAGGGAUUUACAACCCUCACCAAACCCUUGUAGUAUCAAAGCAGAUGCGAGGAGUUCCCAUGCAGAUGAGCAAGGGGAAGGCUCCAACAGAUAGACAACCUCGGGCCGACUCGUUCAACCGACCGAUUGCGCUCCAACGCAAUCCCAAACUGGCUUCAAAUGGCAUACUGAAUUUCAAGGCCAAGGAGAACCCCUAUGCGAAGAAAGGCCCGGCCCGACCCACUCCAUCGUCAAGCAACAACCAACGUGCACCUUUGGGAAGCAAUCGAUCCAAGACCGCCAAAACUAAUAAGGAGGCCCACAAUUGGCUCGCUACAACUACGGGCAAGCGACAACGACUUCCUCAGGCCACCCCCGGUAGCAGUAGACAAGGACCUACGGGCCGAAAAUCUGCGGUCAAGUUGAACACCGUUGCGAUGGGAGGUUUUGACGGAUCGGUUGCCGUUCCAAAGCCUUCCAGAAUGUUUGCCUCCGCGGGUGGACCCAAUAACCGUGGAGGUGGCCAGUCCUUGUUCGCCCAGACUGCAGCUGCGGAGCAACAAUCUGCAAGCGACAUCUUGUCUAGGCAAACGGAGUUGGCUAAACAACUGCGUGGUGCCCAAAAUGGAAAGGACGUCAAAGCGACAAACCUAAACAAGAAGAAGAAAAGUGCGCAGGACAGUGCCGAUGCCUCUGGGUUCUUUGGAUCGUCCCUGGUACAAAACAAUGCUACCCUUCAGAACAUGGAUCGGGCAGCCGUCAUGAAUACCAAGAGUCGCUUUGCUAGCGAAGCGGAUGCCGAAGCCUAUGCAGAAAGCCGUCGUCGUGUCACGGAAUUGGAACAAGAAGAAGCUCGCAAAGACAAGACCAAGGGCAAAGCACAACAACAACUAUUGGCGGACCAAAAGAAAGUGGUGGACAAGGAAUGGAUUUGCAAGACAUGCAGCAACAAGCGGUUCAAGAAGGAGCCAAAGGUUUGCCUUCGUGCCCGACACGAUGUAGUGCUCAAACGCAUCUUGAACAAGAAGGAUGAAACUGUGGCGGAGAAACGUUCCAAGUUGACGUCCAGAUCAGUCCAAGAUGGAGGCCUGACGUUGGGCUCGGGCAUUGAAUGGACGAGGUUCAGCAGAUUUAGCCAUUAGUUCCAUGGUGGCAACCGCACUAUUGUAGGGAAACACCGAGGAUUCUUCAGUUUUGUCUCCAGUAGCUGGCUUCCAAAACUCAGCCCGGUUCUAAGAUAUGAUAGACUUGAGGUGCAGUUCUCCACUGCAGCUUUGCUAAGAAACUAGAAGGGGAAGAUUGCAACAUUUUCACCGACCACAACAAUUACAGUACCAGUACGAUAGCUAGAUCCGGGAAGAUUGAUGGAUUGAUUGCUGUUCCAGUGGCUUACAUCAUCAUUUGGUGGCCAAAACAACUCCAAAAAUUGUAGGCCUUUUCGAAAUUUUUGUCACCGUACUAGUAGUCAAUUUUGUCAUUUGUUGUCGUUGUAACGUGCCUCAUUCAUUCACGUAAUUAAUUAAUGAGCUUCCUUGUCGCAGUGUUCCUUGUAGGCAGCUUCAUCCAUGAGACCAUCCAAUUCACUGGCAUCACUGAUUUCCAACUUGAUGAACCAAGCAUCUGUUUCUGCUGCAGUAUUGACGAGACCGGGAUCAUCCGAGAUAUUGUCGUUGGUUUCAAUCACCUUCCCUGCUACCGGGGCAUAGACAUCCGAUGCAGCCUUGACAGACUCGACCGAACCAAAGCUGUCACCCUUUUCAAAAUCGUCAUCGACCUCGGGCAAAUCCACAAAGACGAUAUCCCCCAAAGCGGAUUGGGCAAAAUCUGUGAUUCCAACCGUUCCAAUGUUGCCCUCCACUUUGACGUAUUCGUGGGCUGUGCCAAUCAAAUAAUUUGGAAGAGAGAUGCCAACAUGGAUAGAAGAAACAUGGAACAUGAUACCAAACCAACAAGAGUGAGAAGAACACAUGGAAUGAAUCGAGCACACAAACAUUAGAAGAUCUUGACAAGGCCAAUUAUCUGGUAUCUUGAAAGAAUCAUACCAAAGAUAGGAUCCAGAAAACAACCUCAGGAAAAUCCACGUAUUCGCACCUGGGGUGAAGUAACUGGUCAAUCGAACAACUCCAAGUCUGGAGGAAGCAGAGACAACCUUGGAACUGCGGAGAGCAGAUCCAACCGAUGUACGGGCCACAGAGCGAGCGAAUAGAGUUGCCAUUGUAGAAAUUUGGUUUGAAAGAGUCUUACUUCUUCGUUAUCGAGAGAGGGAGGAAUGAAAAGGAAGCGAUGGCAAAGUUUUGGACCCCUUGAAGAUCCAUUGCGCCAUGGUCGUCGAUUCAUCGUUUCAGUGACGUUUUUUUGAGGGAGCGGGGCGAGCUCUGGAUACGGUGCUACUGCCUCCACAUAUCUUCAUUCACACCCACACGAGCGCGUCUUCAUGGUCUUGCCAAAGGGCAUUGGCCACAGGAAGGGUACGACUGUACUGUAGCGGGCUCUCGCCGUUUCACAAACACAAACACAUAGAAGCCUAGCAGAGAAGGCACGGCUCUUGAAGGCUUUGGCAACAAAGUCAAUCACCACCCGCUAUGGUACUGGCUAGCUAGCGACGAGCAGAAUGA